CUGCGUUCAUCUUUGGUGAAGUAGCAUCUACGCCUCGUGUGCUUUUCUGCAUCUGCCUUGGGCGCACUAAGGUCGCUUUCUUAUCGCUUGAACCUACAUAUCACGAAUCCUUUGCGGGCAUCCACGUCAGCCUCGGGUACUAUGGCACAGUCAACAGCCCGCACGCCUGAAUCUCAACCAGUCGUGGGCUCUAGCGCCCGACGAAAGCGAGACGCCGAUACGAACGAAGGACUCAUAGACGAGGAGGAAGGAUCUAUACCGCGAAGAACCAAGCGGAGGAGAAAAACGCGUGAAGCGGACGUGUCGGAGGCCGUGUCCUUUGACGAGAUGGGAGGAGCGUCAACCAGCGCGGAUGGGAAUGCAACCUCAAUUCCUGCAAAGAAAAGAAAGGCGCCAGACAGUACGAAGAAGGGCAAGGCCUCUGCCAACUCGCAGCCGCAGCGCCGACGUGUCAAGGGUAGUCUCGAACGUCUUACCGACAUGCCCUUUGACAUACUACUUGAGAUCUUCUCUCACCUCGACCCCGCCUCCUUGCUCAGCAUCACGCGGACCACAAAGGUCCUGCGCGCCCUCCUGCUCGACAGAUCUACGAUCCAAAUCUGGCGAGACAGCCUUAGCAGAGUCGAAGGCGCCCCCGGUACCCUAAUCCCCGAAACCCCAGGAUCAGGACCGCCCGGCUCCUCUAUUAAGCUCCCCGACGACCUCUCUGAGCCCGCCUUCACCGCGCUCGCCUUCGGCCACCACUGCCAGUUCUGCGCCUCUCCGCAUGGGUCGCAAGUCCUCUGGACAGCGCGGUUGCGCUAUUGCAAGAAGUGUAUUCCGGAGAACUUCAUCCACGCCCCCGCCUCCGGCGACAUGAACAAGUUCGCAUUCAAGUACCCCAUCCUGCGCAAGCCCAUGGAAGCAAGAGAAAUGAUUCCCAGUAUCGAGUGGAAGAAAAGCCCCUUCUACUUCCCCAAACCCCACGUCGAGCGCCUGAACGCCGAGUACAUGUCACUUACGGGCGACCCCGAUGCGCUUGCGAAGUGGAAGAAGGAGAAGAAGGCGGAGUAUGGGGAGGCAGAGGAGUUCUCCAACUGCUGCGAGCUCAUGGAGGCCAUACUCUCUGACCAACGCAUCAGGAAGCAGGGGGAGAUGCGCAAGGAUAGGCAGGCGAGCAUCGAGUCCCGCCUCCGCGCCCUCGGCUUAGGCGCCGACUUCGACUACGCGAAGAGUCGCGUUAUGCUCGAGGGAAUGCCCCAUUGGAAGAAGACGCAGCCGGAGAUGACGGACAAAGCCGACCCCCCGCAGGACCCAUGUCGUCCUCAAACAGGUCUCCCUCAAGACCGACCACAGGCCCUUCAUUCGCCGGACGCAGUUUGCUCGUCCAGGUACAUCCCGGCAGCCGCGUUGGUCGUAUAUAAGAGCGAUUCACCCUCGAGGAAGACGUCCCAGCCCUCUUCAACGAGUAUCCAUCCGCUACCUCAUCCACGCCCUUCGAACAUGUUCGCUACCCUCCUCCCCCUCACCCUCCUCGCCACCUCCCUCACCCGCGCCUCCCCCCUCGAGGACCGUAGCGCCUCCCCCCUCGAGGAUCGAAGCACCUCCCCCCUCGAGGAUCGAAGCGCCUCCCCCCUCCAAAAGCGCGCCGGCAUCUGCGACUCGGCGCCCCUCGACGCGCCCGCCGUGGAGAUCUCGCAGCACGGGGAUUCAAGCAAGGUCUGGUGGGUGCGCGACACCAGCGACUACUUCUUCGACUACGUUGAUCUGGAGCCCGAAUCCACCAACGCCACCCAGCACAUCUACCACACCUGGUACCUCCAGCGCGUCAACACGCAGUACGACUUUGUGCGGUACGAUGACCAGUUUGCGUUGGUGUCCGCCAUCGCCAUAAAAACCAAAGCCAUCUCCACCAACGGCGCCAACUCGCUCUACGGCCGCCAAUACACGACCCUCCCGGACGACACCGAGGGCGAGAUCCUCGCGAACAAGGGGUUCGCGUGGACGAUGUCAUGCGCGACGUGUGCGGACGAGUUGUGCUUGAGCUGUGGUACGGGCUCAAGUGAAGGAAGCAAGCUCGAGUCGUGCACCUUCAAAGAGCCCUUCGCCGGCAACUGCAUCACGACGCAGGCGAACGGGACGCUGACGGCGCUGCCGUGCGACGGGUCGGCGGAGCAGCUGUACGAUGUGCAUGUGGUGGAGGCGUGA